UGAGUUUACACCUGUUAUUAUCUCUGUUUUAUUUUAUUUUUAUAUUUUUCAAACUUGAAGAAUUGAAGGAGAAAAAAAAGGUUUAAAAUGGCUGUAGAACUUAUUGGGAGUAUCGCGGGUGCCGGGAGUUUUGUUCUGGAUGUUGUCAAGUGCUUGGCUGCUCCGAUUGGGCGUCCGUUUAAGUACUUGUACAACUACAAGAAGAACAUUGACAAUCUCCAAGAUGGAGUUAAGAACCUGAAGAAUACAAGUGAAGAAGUGCAGGUUAACGUGGUUGCUGCUGAAAGAAACGUGGAAGAGAUCAAACAGAGUGUUAAGGACUGGCAGAGUAAAGCGAACAAUACCAUUACUGAAGCAGAGAAGUUGAUUGAAGAGAAAGAAAACAACCCUCGAUGUUUCAAGGGAUUGUGCCCCAACUGGAUCAUCCGCUACAAACGUAGCAAGAAAGCAUUCAAAUUAAAGCAGGAUGAUAUCAGUCAACUCCUAGAUAAGAAUAUUCAUCGAUUCCUGCCGCAAGAAGAUAAAGUUUCCUAUCCUACUAUUCACAAGGAGAUAUGGCUUAGAUCUAAUGAAGAUUAUUUGGCUUUUGAAUCGAGAAACUCCACUGUGAAGGAUGUAUGGGGUGCAUUAAAUGAUGAGAAUAUCUACAUGAUGGGUGUUUAUGGGAUGGGUGGUCUUGGGAAGACCACUCUUGUGCAGGAAGUUGGGAGACAAGCCGAGAAGGAUAAGCUCUUUGAGGAGAUUGUUUUUGUAGAGGUAACAGAAACUUUGGAUGUAAAAAAGGUUCAAACAGAAAUUGCAGAUAAGUUAGGCCUAAAAUUCAAUAACGAGAGUGAAAGAGCAAGUAAGUUAUAUGAGAGAUUGAAGAGCGGUAAGAAGAUCCUUUUAAUUUUAGACAAUGUUUGGGAAGAUCUUGAUCUCAAGACUAUGGGCAUUCCUUCUAAAAUGGAUCAUGGGGGAUGUAAACUACUGCUAACAACAAGAAACUUAGAUGUGUUGCAGAAGAUGGAUUCCCAAAAAAAUUUCGGGAUGAGUAUUUUACAAGAAGAAGAAGCUUGGAAUCUGUUCAUGAAGAUGGCAGGUGGUGUAAUUCAAACACGUGGAUUGAAUUCUUUGCCACAAGAUGUAUGCAAAGAAUGUGGUGGUUUGCCUAUUGUCAUUUGUACAAUAGCAAAAGCAUUAAAGAACAAGAGUAGUCCAUCUGAUUGGAAAGUUGCCUUGCGAGAAUUAAAGGCGCCUUCACCGACAAAGUUCAUAGGAUUACUGGAAAAGGAAUAUGUGAAGAUCGCCUUGAGUUACACAUAUUUAAGAGAUGAUGAGCUCAAGAAAACUUUUUUAAUUUCUAGUCUAAUGAAAAAUAAUACUUCCAUUUCAGACUUGUUCAGACAUGUUGUGGGUUUGGAUAUACUUGAAGGAGCUAAUUUGACAAUGGAAGAUGCAAGAGAUAGACUAGAUAAAUUGGUACGCGAGCUCAAAGACUCUUGUUUGUUACUUGACAGUUUCGAAAGCGGACAAUUUGCUAUGCAUGAUGCCAUCCGUGCUGUUGCCGUAACAAUUGCAUAUACAGACCACCAUGUUUUUACAAGGAGAAAUGACAUUGAAAGGGAAUGGAAGAAUAAAGAUAAACUCAAGAAAUGCACAAAAAUCUCCUUACCUGGUAAUAGUACCAUUAUUAGUCAGCUUUGGCCUAAAGAUCUGGAUUGUCCAAAUCUUGAGUAUUUCUAUAUGACUAAUACGUGGGCUUCUUCUUACGAAAUCCCUGAGGACUUUUUCACAGUGAUGCCAAAGCUCAAAGUUUUAAAUUUAUUUGGAAUGCAACAAUCAUCAUUGCCAUCGUCACUUGAUCUUUUGACAAACCUUCAAACAUUGUGUUUAGAUCAUAGCAAAAUUGAAGAUGUUGCUAUUAUCAGAAACCUAAAGCAACUAAAAGUCCUUAGUUUGCAAUAUUCUAAUAUUAAAGAGUUGCCUUCAGAAUUUGGUCAAUUGACUCAGAUAAGGUUAUUAGAUCUAAGCGAUUGUAGGCAAUUAAAAGUUAUUGCACCAAAUCUGAUACCAAAACUAUCCCAACUAGAAGAAUUGUAUAUAAAGGGAUGUUGUAUUCAGUGGAAGGUUGAAGUACUAAAGGAGUUGAAGCACUUGACUCAAUUGACCACUUUAACAUUAGAUGUUACAAAUGACAUAGUUUUGCCUCAAGGCUUCUUUUACAGAGAGCUUAAAAGGUACAACAUAUCAAUAAGAAAUGAACGGUGGAACUUUUAUGAUUGGCCCAAUUACGAAUUUUCAAGAAUAUUGGAAUUUAAUUAUGAUUCUACCAUUUCUUUAGAAGAAUUGCGAAUUCUCAAGAAUGUUGAACUCUUACGGUUGGUCGAAUUUUCCGAUGAUGAUAACAAUCUCAAGCCAAUUUUUAACGAAAAGGUUAUUUUCUCCAAUUUGAUGGCCUUGGAACUGAAAGUUACUAGUUCUCGAAAGAUUUGGGAUAGCCAACCUCCAACAUUCAUGUCUUCCUUGACACACUUGAACUUGAAGAGAUGUAGAAAAAUAAAAUAUGUGUUUUCAUUUAGCAUAGCCAAAAGCCUCCAGACUCUGCAACACCUUGAGAUAAGGGAUUGUGAGGUUUUAGAGGAGAUUGUUGCAGAAGCAGAAGGAGCAAAUAAUUUUGCCUUUCCGCAGGUAACCUUUUUGACACUUGAAAAUUUACCAAAACUUACAACUUUCUAUCAUGGAAUAGAUACUUGGGAAUUGCCGAUGUUAAAAAGGUUGGUGGUGGAGGAAUGUGAAAAAUUCACUUCAAAAUAUCUCGGCUUCCAUGAAAAUUCACUCCAUAAUUCUGAGCCAAAAUUCAUUUGGUUGGAUAAUAAGAUCAACUCUGAUUUGGAGAAAUUGGAAUUAAAUAAUAAGUUGAGAUGGAUUAGUUGGCAGAGUAAAUCUAAAACUCUUGAGAUCAAAUGUGAUAAGUCAACAAAUAUUCCACUUGGACUCCUUCAGAUAUUUGAAAAUUUGAAAGAGCUUCAACUAGAGUCGUGUGGAUACAAAGAAAUAUUCUCAUGUGGAAAGGAUGAGAAACAGAUGCAAAUCACUCUAGGCCCAUCCUCAACUUCUUUCCAAAAUCUUAAAGUUCUUAAGGUAAGUUGGUGCAGAGAGUUGAUGAAGUUAAUAACACCUUCAACAGCUAGAAACUUGGUGCAGUUGAGAGAAAUGAGCAUAGAAUCUUGUGGAAUGCUAAUUGAAAUAAUAGAAAAUGAGGGAGAAAGAGAUGCAACAACGAGUAUUAGAAUUGUUUUUGAUAAUUUGAAGAAGUUGUCUCUUAGAAGCCUAGAAAGUCUCACAUGCUUCUGUUCUGGGAAUUACUCUUUCAAUUUCCCAUCUUUGGAAGAGAUAAUUAUAAGAGAAUGCCCCAAUAUGAAGACUUUCUCUCAAGGAAUCUUAAGUACACCAAAGUUACACAAAAUCAAUUAUGAGAGCUUGGCUAAGGAUUCAUGGACGUGGGAGAAAAUGGAAGUAAAGAAUGAGGGGAAUGAUCUUAAUAAAACCAUACAAGGAGCGUGCAGAAAACAGGACAUUUCCGUUGAUUUGAAGUACAAGGCAUUCCAAGAUAUCAAUUCUACAGAAAUUUGCUAUAACCAACAUCCAAAUUCCUUCUAUCAAAAUUUGACACACUUGAUUUUGUCGAGUUGUGGAAACAUAAAUUAUGCAUUUCCAUCUUCCAUUGCCAGAAGCCUCCACCAACUCCAACACCUAAAGAUACAUAAUUGUAAGGUUCUAGAGGAGAUUGUUGCAAAAGAAGAAGGAGCAAAUAAAGAUGACAAUUUUGUCUUUCCGCAUGUAACCUCAUUGGUCCUUGAAAAUCUACCAGAAUUUAAAGCUUUCUAUCAUACUUUUGAAUGGCCAAUGUUACAAGAGUUGGUGUUGAAAGAUUGUGCCAAAUUCAUGACUUCAAAAUAUCUGAGCUUCCAAGAAAAUAACGAGGAGUGUGAACCUCAUUUUUCAGAGCCAAAAUCCCUAUUCUUGAAUGAUAAGAUCAACUCUAAUUUGGAGAAAAUGGAAUUAAAGAAUACCAACAGAGAGAUUAAAUGGCAGAGUCAAUCUAAAGCCCUUAAAAUCUCCAAUGAUAAAUCAGCAAAUUUUCCACUUGGACUCCUUCAAAGAUUUGAAAAUACGAAAGAGCUUCGACUAGAUAUAUGUGAUGAAUACAAAGAAAUUAAGUGCCUAUCUGAUCUUCCAAAUCUUGAAGUUCUACAUGUAAUUUGGUGUAAUAGAUUGACGAGUCUAAUGCCAUCCUCAGCUUCUUUCCAAAAUCUUAAAGUUUUGAAUGUAAGUUGUUGCGAAUGGUUGAUGAAGUUAAUAAUACCUUCAACAACAAGAAGCUUGGUGCAGUUGAGAGAAUUGAGCAUAGGAUAUUGUGGAAUGAUGAUAGAAAUAGUAGAAAAUGAGGGAGAUGAAACAACAACUGAAAUUGUUUUUGAAAAUUUGAAGAAGUUGUCACUUAUACGUUUAGAAAGUCUCACCUGCUUUUGCUCUGGGAAUUACUCUUUCAAUUUCCCAUCUUUUGAAGAGUUAAUUAUAGAAGAAUGCCCCAAUAUGAAAACUUUCUCUCAAGGAAUCUCAAGCACACCAAAGUUAUCCAAAAUCACAUAUGAAUGGGAGGAGAAGGAUUUAGAGAAUGGGGGGAUUGAGCUUAAUACAACAAUACAACAAGAACACAAAAAAAAGGUUGAUUCCAAUUUGAAGAAAUUGACAUUAACAUUAAGUGGAAGGGAUAUCAAGUCGAUUUGGCAAGGAGAGUUUCAAGAGAACUUUGGCAAAGUAAAAACUCUUCAAUUGAUCAAGGAUGAAUAUGCAAACAUUCCAAUUCAAAUCCUUCAGAAAUUUAACAGGCUUGAAAAACUCAUAUUGAAAGUCAGUUCAUACGAAGAGAUAUUCUCAUUCGAAGAGGAUAAUGAACACAUUGGAGUACUCACAAAAUUAAAAAGUUUAGAAUUUUGGGCACUCUCUAAUUUAAAGUGUAUUUGGAAACAAAGCUCCCGAUUGAACUCAAUUCUUCAAGAUCUUGAUUUUUUGAAGGUGCAAUAUUGUCACAAUUUGACUACUCUGUUGCCAUCUUUAGCAUCUUUUGAAAAUCUAAGGACUUUGACUGUAACCUAUUGCAAUGGAAUGCAAAACUUAAUGUCAUCCUCAACAGCCAAAAGUCUAGUGCGACUAGAAUACUUGUCAAUAGAAAGAUGUGAAAUGAUGAUAGAAGUAUUAUCAAACGAGGGAGAUACAGAGAAAGGUGAUAUUGUUUUUGAGAAACUAAAGAAUUUGAAAUUGUAUAAUUUAGAAAGUCUUACAUGUUUCUGCUUUGGGAAUUACUUUUUCAAUUUCCCAUUAUUGAAAAGCUUAUAUGUGAGUCGAUGCUCCAAGAUGAAGACUUUCUUUGGAGGAGGCUUAAGCAUGCCAAAGUUACAAGAGUUGAACGAGAGAGAUUGUUCGGAGAGUGACAUUAAUAUGAUCAUACAACAAUUACAAAAUGAUUGUUCAAAAAUCUAUGAAAGAUUUCCAGAAGAAGAAGAUUCAGAGUUUUAGUUAGAUAGAAAACUGUAAUGUUCAUCAACACACAACAAAGUCAUGUGGCGCUCUACAACAGGGUUAGGUCUCUUUCCUUGGUGCCUAACGGCGAUAUCUAGCUACAGUCAAGUCCUCUCAAGUAUCCGACUGUGUGGCUUCAGUUUACAGUCAAUUACAAACGAGUCGUAUCGACCACGCGCGUCCUCUCCCUUCUGUUCUCCAUAACUCAUUUAAAAUUGUUGACGGUCCCACUAGUUCAACCCCCGACAAUUUAGAUGUGAUUGUCAAUUUGUUCCUCAACCUGUCGCAACGAUCGGCGAAAUUAGUGCCAAAUGAUGUCGGUUACGCUUCAAGCAUUAGAAGUUGAAAAUCGGCGUCACAUUUGAGACCAAACAAAAUGAUUUAACCAUAUGAGGGACUUUAGUGAUAGUAUCCAAUCCUAUAAAUUUAUAUUAAGAAAAACUAAUGAUGGUGAUAUCAGGCGCUCUACAACAGAGUUAGGUCUCUUUCCUUGGUGCCUAACGGCGAUAUCCAGCUACAGUCAAGUCCUCUCAAGUAUCCGACUGUGUGGCUUCAGUUUACAGUCAAUUACAAACGAGUCGUAUCGACCACGCGCGUCCUCUCCCUUCUGUUCUCCAUAACUCAUUUAAAAUUGUUGACGGUCCCACUAGUUCAACCCCCGACAAUUUAGAUGUGAUUGUCAAUUUGUUCCUCAACCUGUCGCAACGAUCGGCGAAAUUAGUGCCAAAUGAUGUCGGUUACGCUUCAAGCAUUAGAAGUUGAAAAUCGGCGUCACAUUUGUCUGGGCUCUAGGCGAUAGGGUCGUGCGAAAGGUAGUACCCGAUUUAGGAGACGUUCAGCAAGGAUCAUGAAGUGCAAAUACAUUGAAUGGCUCCUGAAUAUAUUUAUCCGGAAAGAAAUCUGGUACGGUGUUUAGGCAGUUAUGAGCCAAGCAGAGGAGAGGCAUUCGGCCAGGGACUCAAUGAAUUGUACUUGAUCCUGACAAAUGCAGCCUACUUACCUUGGGAGAGAAAACAUAACUGGUUUAUGACAUUGCCCAAUAUGGCAAUUGCCACAGAGAUUCUUAGCUCAUUCAGCCACAGGAAGCUUUUUGAAAUCGAAUAGAGGCUAUGCUGAACUUCGAAUGAUAGGCUUUACUAAAGAAAUCUUGCUAUGUGUAAAUGUUGACUUCAUUAUCCUCAAUCACUAAGAAAAUCAAAUUGAAAGCUUGUUUCUUGGCUACUGCUUGAAGCAAGGAACACAUACCAGGUUGCUGGCAACACUAAAAGAUAUCGGAGACUACAUUGUAGAUGUAAUCUGUAAACCUGCUGGACUCAUUCACAACCAUGGAGCCAUAUCAGUCCAAAAGGAUAACUCUUCUGCUUGAUUCCCUAAGUUGUGGGAAGACUUCCCUUUUGAGGGCUCUCUCAGGAAAUCUUGACAAAUCUCUAAAGGUGACAGGGGAAGUAUUGAUAUUAUUGCUCAGAAAGUAGUAAUUUACUGUGGAUAAGUGUUCUGAGAAACCUGAGUUGGAAGCCUGUAGUUUACGAAGUUCAUCUUCAUGAGUCGAGCAUCCUGGAAUGCACUUUCAGAAAUCAAAAAACGUCUCAAAUCUUAAGAAACUAAAUUCAAUUUCAUUUUCGUAUAUUGGUUAAGGCAUUACUUUGCAGCGACUCUUUCACAUUAAGUUUCUUUGCAGCUCAUGUUCCUUAUGUUAAGUGAGAUGAUUAAAGGGCCAUCUUUCAUCUUCUUCAUUUUCAGUAAUGCAAGUUCUAAUUCUU